UCGUGUGAUCAGAGGCAUCUUGUGGAAGAAAAUGAUAUUAUUACAUGCGCUGCGCAACAAGGCAACAAGUGGAAAAGACAUCGUGUGAAAAGAAACGCGCGAAUAUCGAGGAAAUCCACGCAAACACUUCAUCAGAUUUACCGAAGACAACUCACACCAGGAAACUCUUCGAUAAAAUAUCAACCGUAAAAUGGAUUGGAAUCGUUGUCACGACGAGAUAGUUUUCGUUUAUCAAUUGCCGUCUGAACCACGUGACGAACUGUGCAAAAGUUUAAAGCAGAGCGGGAAAUGGAUGGACUUUGCAGAUCAUAUAAAAUGUGACAGCGAAACUAAACGGCAAUGUGGAUCCGAAAACAAUCCAAUGGAUGCAUUACUGACUGUGUGGAGUCGCGAAUGUCCCAGGAUAAUAGAUUUAUAUUGUAUACUAAACAAAAUGCAUGAGUACAGAUUGAUGGAUGUGCUGAAAAAGUUUGUUAGCAAAGAGAACCACAACCUGAUAGAUAAGGGAAAAGAAAAUGCUGAUAUCAUUUCCGGAUACGAGGGAAGAAACUUAAAUUCGAAAGAUUCUAAGAUCGGUUCGCAAAACUUUAAUCAGAUUGAGCCUGCUGUCUCUAAAAAUAAAAAGUUUUUGAUUUCUGAACUUGAGAACGACAGAGAUACAACAAAACUAUUAAACAAUCUCUCCACUUUCUCAUUAUCCAACGAUUCGUCGGUCCAAGUAGCAGAAGCUGGAACCUCGAAACAUAUUAAUAAGAAAUUCUUACCAGUCGAAUCAACCAUGUUCGAAGUUCCGUUUGAGGAUUUGAAAGUGGCUACGAUGGGUUGGAAAAUUGUACUAGGUGAAGGUAGUUUCGGAACAGUGUUUAGAGGUAAAUUGAAUCAUAGACUGGUAGCAAUUAAAAGGAUGGACAAAUGGUUAGCUGACAAUAUUCAGGACAACAAUAUACAACGGCAACAGUUGCUGAAGGAAAUGGAGAUUUUGAAUGUGUACAGGCAUGAUAAUAUCAUAAAUCUAUUUGCUUACUGCAUGGCCAGGGAAAUGCCUUGUCUGGUGUAUCAACUCAUGGAAAAUGAUACAUUGAAAAACCAACUUGAGAGGAAAAAGAAAAAAACUCCUCUUACUUGGCUACAAAGGCAUGUAAUAGCUAAGGGUAUCGCUCAAGGCAUACUAUUUUUGCACACUGGUGGGAGAAGGCCACUUAUUCACUGCAACAUCAAGAGCGCUAACAUCUAUUUGGACAAGAAUUUUAAACCUAAAAUUGGGAAUUUUCGAUUAGCCGAACAACUCGAAAAGGAUAACAUGAAAGCGAGCAGAAUCAGCGUUACAACAGCUCAUUUACCAGACGAUUUUGUCCACAGUAGAAAGCUGUCGACUAAAGUUGAUGUGUACAGUUAUGGUAUUGUAUUAAUUGAACUAGCCACUGGCAAGAUAGCAUACGAUGGAACCAUUAAGAUUCUGAAGGGAAUGGUAGACAAUGAGGAUGGAAUAUACAUACCUUUUUUGAAUGAUCUUGGUGUGGAAACGGCAUACGAAGAAGUGUACAAAAUACUGAUUACUUUAGGAAAACGCUGCUCCCAAAGAAAGCCUGAAGAUAGAUUAGAUGUAGAGUCAGUCCUUCAAGAACUCGAUGAAUUACAAUGAAAAUAAUCUCACAUGGGAAAAAAAAUAUAUCAUUUCAUCAUUUUUUACCUCUGAGACAGAUCUACAAAAGUUAUGUUAAUAAGUAUAAGGCCAUAUACCUCAUUACAUUUUCAAUAUGGUAUAUUUAUGUUAUACAAUUACACCAUGUCAAAGUACUCUGAAUGCAGAUUAAGAUUAUUUACUAUCAACUUGGAAAAUGGAAGAGUAAUUUUAUGUUUUGGCCGUUUUGAAAGUUUACAAAGUCCUGUAAUUAAAGCUUUCAAUAUCCAUCCUCAUUCAUGGGAUAGUCACUAGUCAUAUCAAAAGAUGCGUUGUAAAGAUAAGUCAUAAAGAUUAUCUAUUUUUAUAGUCUUCGUUAGGGCCUAAAUGGACUGAUUGACUGAUAAAAAAUAUAUAUUUGAAUUUCAUUUUCUGGUGAAAAUUGAAAUCGAGUUUGAAGUGGUGUUUUUAAAUAGCAAUCUGAAGCUUAAUAGAGAUUUUCCAAAUUAUUUCAUAUAUAAUCUAUAAAAAAAACAGUUGAACCUAUCAGACUUCACCAGUCUGGUCGAUACUUGUACUCUAAUUUAUUAUGUUAUGACUCUACAAUCGAAUGUUUAUACACUGUAAAUGUAUAGCAGCAUCUAUUGAUGCCUAAUGAAUUUUUUAUACCAAUAUACUACCAAAUCCAUAAUCAUUACAAUAUUUUACUUGAAUGGAAAUUUAUAAUCGUAAGUGUACAAUUCAAUUAAUGUAACAUAUUACGAACGAUAUACGUACAUUAAUCUCAGUUAUUAAAGAUGGUAAUAAAUCUA